ACUCUUAAUUAUUUCCGGGAAUAUUAAUUAAUCAAAACUCGUAUUAAAAAAAAACUAUAACUAACCUUUUGUUUAAUUUGAUUUUCGCUAAAUUUGUUGUUAUUAUUCUUCACUGUUGUGGAUUCCUUGUGAAUCUUCUUCUGAGCUCGCUCGCUUCACGAACAAGGGAUCACAUCAUUUCCUCUUUUCCUCGGUGUUUCAAGUGUGUUUUCCGAUCCUGAAGAAGGGUGAUCUAGUGACUACGCUUCAAAAUUAACAUUUCGCUUGAGUCGAGUAACGAAUUCACUUAGUUCAGUGGGAGAUUUGCAUGGUUUUGUGAAGAACACAUAUUUGGGAAGCCAUGGCUUUUGGUUCUCCUAGGAAUUCUAUAUUAGCCGCUGGAUUUCCUCGGAAGGUGUCUACUAUUGCCAUUGCUAUUGGCGGAUUGGCAUCAUUCUUUGUUUUCGGAUUGUUGCUUCGUCUUUCCUAUCCUAACGCUUCUUCAGCCAGUGGCGCCUUUUAUGGAGUCGGUACUUCAACUUUAUCUUUGAGCAACCAUACCGUAAAAGGCCUUCAGAAGAGUAGCGACAUCAAUGCGUUUGAUAGGAAUCUGACUUCUGAUUCUAGCUCAGGCUCACCAGAUGUCGUUAGCAAAAACAUACCACCUCCAGAUUUCGGUAGUGAUAGGCAGUUGGACAAACCUUUGACUCAAGAAAAAGAGGAUACGGUUGCUUUGGAUACAACUGAGAAGAUUAAUGUUCAGUCAGGUGAAGGUGAAACCAAUGACACCAAGCCUGAAGAAACUCCAAUUGUAUCAUCUCCUCCACAUGACGAUGACUCUGAAACUGCGUCAGCAGUACCAGAAUGUGAUUUGUAUCAAGGUAGUUGGUUUUAUGAUCCUGGAGGACCUCUGUACACGAACAACUCUUGCCCUGUCCUGACACAGAUGCAGAACUGCCAGGGCAAUGGAAGACCUGACAAAGGAUAUGAAAAUUGGAGAUGGAAACCGUCUCAGUGUGACCUUCCUCGGUUUGAUGCCAGGAAAUUUCUUGAACUAAUGAGAGGGAAAACACUAGCCUUUAUAGGAGAUUCAGUAGCUCGUAAUCAGAUGGAAUCCAUGUUGUGUCUUCUUUGGCAGGUUGAAACACCAGUCAAUCGUGGGAGCCGAAAGAUGCAGAGAUGGUAUUUUAAAUCAUCAUCAGUAAUGAUUGCCCGUAUUUGGUCAUCUUGGCUCGUCCAUCAGUUCAAUGAAAAAUUCGAUUAUGCUCCUGAAGGUGUCACAAAACUAAACCUGGAUCUCCCUGAUGAGCGCAUAAUGGAAGCUAUCCCGAAAUUCGACGUGGUUGUCCUCUCAUCAGGGCACUGGUUUGCAAAGCAGUCUGUCUACAUAUUGAAAGACGAGAUAGUGGGAGGCCAGUUAUGGUGGCCAGACAAAUCAAAACCUAUGAAAGUCAAUAACGUUGAUGCAUUCGGAAUAUCAGUUGAAACAAUCCUAAAGUCCAUGGCUACACACCCGAACUACAGCGGUUUAACCAUUGUGAGAACAUUCUCACCUGAUCACUACGAGGGUGGUGCUUGGAACACAGGUGGUUCAUGCACCGGGAAAGAAGAACCCAUCGUUUCCGGGAAACUAGUGAAAAACGGAUUCACAGAGAUAAUGCAUGAGAAGCAGGCGACGGGAUACAACCAAGCCGUGGAUAAAGUAGCAGAAAACUUGAAGCUUAAAUUAAAGCUGAUGGAUAUUACAGAGGCUUUUGGAUAUCGCCAUGAUGGUCAUCCUGGUCCAUACAGGAACCCUGACCCGAACAAGAUCACUAAAAGGGGACCAGAUGGACGGCCUCCACCUCAGGACUGCUUGCACUGGUGUAUGCCAGGUCCGGUCGAUACAUGGAACGAAAUGGUAUUGGAACUCAUAAGGAUGGACUUUGAAAGCACGAAAAAGAUUACCUCAUCAACUUGACUUGGUUUGAAACUCAAGGCUGAGAGAGCAUAUUACACGACUAUAUACUAUGAACCUGAUUCUUGAUUACUACUGAUAAACCGAAUAUAAACUCAGUUGUAGAUUUGUUGGCAGCCAUGGUGAGUUAGGAUUAGGAUUGUUUCAGAUCGUAAUUGUUCCACUAUACUUUUUGGUUCGCUUGUGUCAUCACUCACUCUUGAGAUGGAGAGUUAUCUUUUUUUUUUUACUUACAGUUACAGUAUAUGAUGAGUUUGGAGUUAUGAGUUGAAAUGUUAUAAAUUAUGUAAA